AUGGCCGCGGCCGUUGGCGACUCACGUGUGAGUGCGGGGAAAAAGCUGAAAAAUUCACUAAGGAAGAAGAAGAGGAUGAAAAUGGUAGUCCCGUCUGUAGCAUCGGAGCUGGAAGAUAAGGACAAAGACGCUUCCGAUAAUGAAGGUUCUCUAGGAAGCUGUGCAUUGGAAAAAGAUCACUUUUCCUCUGGCGAUGAAGCAGGAGAAGCUGACAGCGAAGGUGAAGCUGAACCCCGCGAGGAUGACAAUGCCAGUGCUGCAGAGGCCAGUGUGGGGACUAAUGCGGGCUGGGCAGAUGCCAUGGCCAGAGUCCUGAACAAGAAGAUCCCUGAAAGCAAACCCACCAUCCUGGUCAGAAACAAAGAGCUGGAAAAGGAAAAAGAGAAGUUGAAACAAGAGAGACUAGAGAAGAGAAAACAGCUUGAUAAGAAGCGGGAAUGGGAAAUGAUGUGCAGAGUAAAGCCAGAUGUUGUCAAAGACAAAGAAACGGAGAGAAAUCUUCAGAGAAUUGCUACGAGGGGUGUGGUGCAGUUAUUUAACGCCGUUCAAAAGCAUCAAAAGAAUGUAGAUGAAAAGGUUAAAGAAGCUGGAGGCUCUAUUAGAAAACGAGCCAAGUUGAUAUCCUCGGUUUCCAAGAAGGACUUCAUCAGUGUUCUGAGAGGGAUGGACGGAAGUGCAAGUGAGAAGAAUUCUGCUGGGAAGAACUCGAAAGCCAAACAGACGGAAGCGAAAUCAGAAGAGGGCCCAGGAUGGACGAUCUUGCGUGACGAUUUCAUGAUGGGAGCAUCCAUGAAAGACUGGGACAAAGAAAGUGACUGACCAGAUGCCAGCGGACCAGGGUCUGGAAGUGACUCUGACACAUAACGCUGUAUAAGAAACACAGUUUACGUUUUAUUUUUCCUGGAAAAAUAGUUCAUACUCUGAAGGUUGGGAAACUAUAGAGAUUGCAUUUGUAAGAAAGCCAAAAGACUUUCAUUAUUACCAACUUUGGUGUUUCCUUUUUUUAUGUAAACUUUGUUAAAAUUAUAUUUCAAACCUUAUAUGAUUUUAAGCAUUGUUCCUUAGAACAUUUGUAAAAAGAAAUAUUUCUACUUGAGAGGUGCAUUUUGCUAGGCUCACUAUAGGUUUACAUACUGCUCUUGGAUAUUGGUAUUUCAUUCAGCUAUCACCAGUGUUUGUGGAAAUGCAACAUCAAUUCAUAAUUAAAAUGAACUCCUUGAUGUUAGUGGUUUUCAGCCUCUAACUUACAGACCUGAAUAUGUAUAUUUUUUUGUGGGAAAGGGUUGGUGGUGAUUUUGGUGAGGUAUUGAGAAAACCUAUGUAUUAAUAACAAAAUUUUUAAAUCAU